AACUGCAACAUAUAGUCAUGAAUGAUGCAACUCUACUAAUGAUCACUUUUCUGCAACGCAACCACAUGCAGUAAACUAUAUUUCGAGGAACUAUAUUGUCCUGCAUGUGGAGAGCCUUGCGGGUAUUUUGAGCCUAUUAGGCAUUAUUCUGAACGAGUGUAUAAAUCCCAAAUAUAAAACUAUGUAUAAUGGAUUGCAUUCCCUUCAAUUAUUUGUGAAAAUAUGUUUUUCGAUAACAGUAGACAAAUAAUAAUUUUAUAUGGGAUUAUUAAUCAACGAACGUCGUCCGAAUCAAAUAUGGAUUUGAUUAUUUGAACCUCCUGGAUGAUUUGACAGUUGUACAAUUUUAAAGUUAACAUAGAUUAUCCGAACUAAUUAUAUAUUGAUCUGGCUUAAAACUUUAGUUAGAUAACUUAGAUUAUUUUUUAAAAAAUUGGGUUGACCGUAAUGUAUUUAUAAUCAAUUGGUUGUUGGACGUAUCAGAGAUCUCACAUUAUUUUAGUAUGUUCACAUUCGGUAUACUAACAAAUUCGAUUUUCAUAAUUGGAAGAAUCGAAUAACACGCUAUUCAUCAUCAAAAUAUGAAGACUAGUAGGUGUUCUUAUCAUUUAAAAAAUAUACUUUGGAAUAAUAAAUGGUUUAAAAUCCCUAGAUUAAAAAUAUCUACCGUUAACAUAUUUGACUAUACAAUUAACUUAAUUACAUGUUCUUACUCAAAUACGAUUAAUAAUAAUUAGUGUUUAGUUUAUGCAGUGUUUGGCAUUAUACCAACUCCAACAAAUCACUAUUUGAAAAGCAUGCGAAAUUUAAAUUCGCUACCUAGAGGAUAUUAACAACAUAACAACUGAAAUUUGUAAUUUAGUGAUUUGUUUUCAUCCUACAACUAUAUAUGAUAAUCCAUAUAGUAAAAUUACAUUCAAAAUAUGAGAGACUGCGUAUGUUACUCGUAGAAGGUCAAAAAAGUUCAUAACCGGUAUUUAAAUCCGAGAAUCUGACUUACAUUUAGUCAUGUCAUUUUUUUUUCUUUAUUUACAUUUAUAAAUGAUUAAAGCCUUAAAAAAAUGAUAUGCAAUUUCCCAAAUUAAAAAAAAUACUUUUGGGAAAAAAAAAAGAACAAAGACUAUAUAUAUUUCUUGAGAAAAUAUGUGCCCUUUUAUAUGAACCAGUCAAUUCAAUACAAUAAUAAAAGUUUUUUUUUUGGUUCAACAUAAUUUUUUUUUUGUCAAACGGUUCAACAUAAUAAUAAAAGAUAUUUAUGAGAGAAGAGAAAGAAAAAAGAAACAAACAUGUCGCAUAAAUUCGCUAAAAAGAGAAAAGAGAAGCUGGUUUUGAAUGGAACAUUGGUGCAUGCGGGCGGAAACAUAACUAUUUUACAGUUUAACAUCUGAAUAAAUUAAAAAAAAAAAAAAGCUUCUCAAACCUCUCUCAACCUCUUUGGCCUUUCUUCUCUUCUUCUUCCUUCUCUCUUGUUAAGAUUCGUCUGGGAGAAGUGCUCAAGAAGGCAGCUUUAGACAUCAAAUGUUCUUGUAUCACUAGAAGCUAAGCUGAGAUGGAUACAAGUAGUAUCCUCAACCACCCUCCUGAAGAAAGAAGAGAAUUCUCAAACGGUGAUUUCUACUCUGGUGAAGUUAAAGGACUGCUCCCUCAUGGUAAGGGAAUGUACUCAUGGUCAGAUGGAACUAUCUACGAAGGAGACUGGGACCAAGGCAAAAUCUCUGGCAAAGGGAAGCUUAUAUGGUCCUCCGGAGCCAAAUACGAAGGAGACUUCUCCGGUGGAUACCUUCACGGCAUCGGCACCAUGACUUCACCAGACCAAUCUGUUUACAGUGGAGCUUGGAGGAUGAACGUAAGGCACGGUCUCGGGAGGAAAGAGUAUUGCAACUCUGAUCUUUACGAUGGCUCCUGGAGAGAAGGGUCGCAAGAAGGGCGUGGUAGCUAUUCUUGGACUAAUGGGAAUAGGUACAUAGGGAGCUGGAAGAAGGGUGGAAUGUGUGGGAGAGGGGUGAUGAGAUGGGGGAACGGUGAUCUUUUCGAUGGGUUUUGGUUGAAUGGGUGUAGACAUGGCUCUGGUGUUUAUAAGUUUGCUGAUGGGUCUUUGUAUUUUGGGACGUGGUCUCGUGGUGUUAAAGAUGGGAAAGGGAUUUAUUAUCCUGCUGGGAGUAAACAUCCUUCUCUGAAGAAGUGGUGUCGGUCUCUUGAGUAUGAUGACACGGGGAAGUUUGUGCUGUCUCGUAGCUCGUCGAUAGAUGUUGAUGAGCUGAGGAGUUUGAGUUUGAGUGCUGUGAAUCGAAGUCUUUCCAUGAGAACUUCAACUAGUGGAAUGUCUGAUCAUCCAAGAGAGUUGACAUCUAAGUCUGCAAGGUCUUUGGGGUCAGGGCAAAGCGAGGGACAGGAUAAGAAGAACCGUGUCGCUUACGAGAGGGAGUACAUGCAAGGAGUUUUGAUUAGAGAAAGUGUCGUCACGAGUUCUGUUGACAGGUCACUCAAAAUUAGACCACCUUCAACUCUUAGUAAACAAGUCAGUGCCAGGACUUUCUUGACCUUUCUUACUGGGGAACAUAACUAUCAUCUGAUGCUAAAUCUCCAACUUGGUAUCAGGUAUACUGUUGGGAAAAUUACACCAGUGCCAAGGAGAGACGUACGUGCUUCUGACUUUGGUAAGAAGGCCAGAACGGUGAUGUUCUUCCCUAAAGACGGCUCUAAUUUUACGCCUCCACACAAAUCUAUCGACUUCUCUUGGAAAGACUAUUGUCCUAUGGUUUUCAGGAAUUUGAGGGAAAUGUUCAAGUUAGAUGCAGCAGAGUACAUGAUGUCUAUCUGUGGUGAUGAUGGCCUGACAGAGAUUUGUUCCCCAGGGAAAAGUGGCAGUAUCUUCUACCUUUCUCACGAUGACAGAUUUGUGAUCAAGACAUUAAAAAAAUCUGAGUUGAAGGUUCUACUCAGAAUGUUACCUAGGUACUAUAAACAUGUAGGGGACCAUGAGAACACACUUAUAACCAAAUUCUUUGGAGUUCAUAGAAUCACACUCAAGUGGGGAAAAAAGGUACGCUUUGUGGUCAUGGGUAACAUGUUUUGCACGGAGCUGAAGAUUCAUCGUCGAUAUGAUCUCAAGGGUUCAUCACAUGGGAGAUUUACUGAAAAGAUUAAAAUACAAGAAAAAACCACAUUGAAAGAUCUUGAUCUUGCUUAUGAAUUUCAUAUGGACAAGCUGUUAAGGGAAGCACUCUUCAAGCAAAUUUAUUUGGACUGCGCGUUCUUGGAAUCUCUACAGAUCAUUGACUACAGUCUUUUACUAGGAUUACAUUUUAGAGCACCAGGACAACUUAAUGAUAUCCUUGAGCCUCCUAACGCAAUGUCAGAUCAAGAGAGCGUUUCUUCUGUAGAUGUUGGUGUGACUCAAGAACUCUCAAUUCCACCAAAAGGAUUGCUAUUGGUGACUCACGAACCCAACUCCGUGAGUACUGCACCAGGUCCUCACAUCAGAGGAAGCACACUCAGAGCAUUUUCCGUUGGAGAGCAGGAAGUUGAUCUCAUUCUCCCUGGAACUGCAAGGCUGCGGGUACAGUUAGGAGUGAACAUGCCGGCUCAAGCUCACCACAAGCUUGAUGAGGACAAGGAAGAGUCUGCUACAAUUGAGCUCUUUGAAGUAUACGAUGUGGUGGUGUACAUGGGAAUCAUAGAUAUUCUACAAGAGUAUAACACCAAGAAGAAAGUGGAGCAUAAAUGCAAGUCUUUGCAGUAUGAUCCCAUGACCAUAUCUGUGACUGAACCCACCAUUUACUCAAAACGUUUUGUCAAUUUUCUGCAUAAGGUGUUCCCUGAAGAAAUGUAGGACUCAACAACAAUCAUUCUUAUUCCAUUUAAGAUCAUCUAGUCAAUGCUUUUUAUACAUCUGACAUUGAAAAACCUCACUGUGAAUGUUUUUUAAUUUUUUUUAAGUACAAUGAAUGUGCUUCAGGAUGA